AUUUACAUCGUCGAGGCCGUUCCCGAUUUCUCGGCCGUCAACCAGCCCCUCUGCUCUGCCCAGGGCGGCUGGCCUGCAAUAAACGAGGGCGUAUGCUUGCUUCUCAGUCUUGCUUUUCAGUCUUGCUUCUCAGCCUUGCUCCUGACGAAACCAUCACCCCACUUUUCGGCGACAACGAUGAACGCCAUCAAAGAGUUCCACGGCGACCGUGCUGAGCGGUUCAAGGUGCUUCCUCCCAUCGAUAUUCUCAAAGUCGGUCCGGGCUCAUACCACAUCGACGAGACCACCAAAAUGGUCACCAAGAUCAAUCAGAAACCGUCCUCGACCCUGGGAGUGUGCGUGACGACGGCGACUCGGUUCCCAGAUCCCCGACAGCGGGCUCCAGGCCCAGGCAAAUACCAGCACCUGGAGUUCGCCAAGCUCCUCGACCUGAAACCAACCAGUACUCGCGAGUACCUGAGCAGCCUCGGGCCCAAGUGCAGCCAGCAGAAAGUCAUCAGCCGGUCAAUCAAAUGCGCCCCUGGUCCAGGCACCUAUGAUGUCAACUAUGCCAUUGGCCGCCAUGUCGCCAACGACGACCGCUUUGCCCUGCUCAAAUCGGACGAGCUGAAAUGGCGAGACACUCAGAACUCGGGGCAGCGACGGGAGCUGCGGGCCCUGCUCAACAGCAACGACAUCUUCACCGACAAGCGUGCCUGCAGACGCAUGGCCCAUCUGGCCCUGUUCUAUCCUGCCUUCAGCUCGCAGCAGCAGAACGAGCCGGCCCGGAGCUUCACCGGGCUGCUGCCGUAGAUGGUGAUGACUACACUUGGCGAAUAUACCAG